AUGGCCAAAAUCUACCAGCAACUCACCGUCACCAUCAGCGCCAAACCCAUCGGCGCGCUCCUCUCUCGUCUCAACGAACUCCGCUCCUUCUCGACCGCCACAGGAGUUCACGACAACGGCACGGGCCCCGGACCGAUCAUAUCGCGUGUCAUCGAAGACUAUGGCUCGAAGAUCCCGAGCGAGUGCGUGCUGAGUGCGUCGGAUUUCUCGCCGGCGAUGAUCGAGCAGGUGGAUAACAAGAAGAAGGAGCAAGUCGACGCGGAUCCGGAGUCGCUCUGGAAGCGCGUGGAGACGUCUGUACUAGAUGCCCAGGAGCUGAAGGGGAUCCCGGAUGACUCUCGCUCGCACGUCACGGCGGGUUGGGUCUAUUUCAUGACGCCGGAUCCGCAGAAGUGUCUGAGCGAGAGUAAGCGCGUGCUGGCGAAAGAUGGUGUGCUGGCGUUGUCUUCGUGGAAGGGGUCCCAGUGGUUGGAUGUUAUGAGUUUGGUGGAGGAGAUCCGGCCGGAGACGAAGGCGAUGGAGGGGAUUCCGAAGGUGUGGAUGGAGACGGAUGGGGUCAAGGGGGAGUUGGAGAAGGCUGGGUUUAGGGACGUGGAGAGUGCUGAGGUGGGCGUGGAGAUGACGCUGGAGGAGUAUGGGCCUUUCUUGGACUUGUUGACCACGAAGAUGCCGCACAUGAUUGCUUUGACAAAGGACUACUCGGAGGAAGAGAGGCAGAGGCUGAGGAAUAUCAUGCUGGCGAAAGUCAAGGAGUUUGCACCUACCUUGCCGGGAACUCUGCAUGGCACAUCGAUUGUGGCCUUUGGGAGGAAGUAG